UUUUCAUUUAGUAUAUAUAAGGGAUGAAAUGUGACCGGACACCUUAGAAUUUCCACGGUAUCUGAAUCAAUUUACUAAUUGAAAAUUUGAUUUGACAUUAACGAAUGAUAAAGCUUUGGUUCAUCGAUGAGUCCGAGAGUAAUAAGAAGACAACAUUCUCGUGAAUUACUUCUGCAUUGGGACACGUAUCUACGUGUGUUUCCCACAUAGAACUCAGUUUCAUCCUUUUCUCGUGAACAUUACUUUCUUGAUAAUAGUUAGUUUCUUUGUCUUUAUCAAACCAAACAAAGAAUUUGUCGUUUUCGAUAAUAUUUCAUUUUCGUCGUUUCUUUCUUUCUAAGUUUCGAUGUCAGUUCCUAAUCUCUAUGGCGUUCAUGAUAGCCAAAUGGUAACUUUGGUGGCCUAAUGUAUGUCACGUAAAUUAUCCACGUGGCACUCACUUUUUUGCAUCUUUCUCAAAAUAUAUCAAAGGAGACUUCAUAAAGAAAGAAUCUUUAGUGUGGAGAGACUAAAAGGACACCACAAGCUUAUUUCAUAAGAAACUUCAAAUUAGAAUCAGAAACAAGAGCAUCCUUCUUCAUUUACACAGGUAAAUUAGGUGUAAAAAUGGUGAUGAGAAGUGUGGAUCUACGAUCAGAUACCGUUACUAGACCGACAGAUGCGAUGCGAGAAGCAAUGUGUAACGCAGAGGUGGAUGAUGACGUCCUCGGAUAUGACCCAACGGCUAGACGUCUUGAAGAGGAGAUGGCUAAGAUGAUGGGGAAAGAGGCUGCUCUGUUCGUGCCAUCCGGGACAAUGGGGAAUCUGAUCAGCGUGAUGGUUCACUGCGACGUGAGAGGCAGCGAGGUGAUUCUUGGCGACAAUUGUCACAUCCAUGUUUACGAGAAUGGAGGGAUAUCGACUAUCGGGGGAGUGCAUCCUAAGACAGUCAAGAAUGAAGAAGACGGGACCAUGGACUUGGAGGCCAUUGAAGCAGCUAUUAGAGAUCCUAAAGGAAGCACGUUUUAUCCAUCAACAAGGUUGAUUUGCUUGGAGAACACACAUGCCAACUCUGGUGGGAGAUGUUUGAGCGUGGAAUACACUGAGAAAGUUGGAGAGAUUGCGAAGAGACAUGGCGUGAAGCUCCAUAUCGACGGAGCCCGUCUUUUCAAUGCUUCCAUUGCACUUGGAGUUCCAGUCCAUAAGCUUGUUAAGGCUGCGGACUCCGUUCAGGUGUGUCUCUCUAAAGGUCUUGGAGCUCCGGUAGGAUCUGUAAUCGUUGGUUCGCAAAGCUUCAUAGAGAAGGCGAAAACGGUUAGGAAAACAUUAGGUGGAGGAAUGAGACAAAUAGGUGUUCUGUGCGCAGCCGCUUUGGUCGCACUCCAAGAAAACCUCCCAAAGCUACAACAUGACCACAAGAAGGCUAAGUUGUUAGCUGAAGGGUUGAAUCAAAUGAAAGGGAUUAGAGUAAAUGUUGCAGCCGUGGAGACCAACAUGAUUUUCAUGGAUAUGGAGGAUGGUUCAAGACUUACGGCUGAGAAACUGCGGAAGAAUCUAGAGGAGAAUGGCAUUCUCCUUAUCCGGGGAAACUCAUCCCGGAUCAGAAUAGUUAUACACCACCAGAUAACAACAAGUGAUGUGCAUUACACAUUGUCUUGCUUUCAGCAAGCAAUGCUAACGAUGCAGGAACCAAGCCGAACCUAAUUUGGCGAAACCGAAAUGCUUCUUCUUUUCUUUUCAACUUAUUAAAUAUUGUUGUCUAAAGUACAUUUUAAUUAAAACUAUAAGCAUUUCAAUGAAAUUGUCACCCUCAUUCCUGGAUGUUUGAGUUUUUAAUUUAUAAGUUGUUUUACCUUUGAUUAUGAAGAUUAUCAAUCAUUAUUUGCUCAUC